UACCGGGCCACAAGAGCAACUUUACUCGCUAUUUGCUGCAUAUUUGACUGGUUGCACGGCCUUUGCGUGUGGCUUUUCUCUGCUGAGCAUACUGUAUAGCAGUGUAGGCACUCUACGUAGCCAGGAUUGCCCCGCGCCGACCGCUCCUCUAUUACCGCACCGCAUCUACGAUCUAUAUCCAACCGCCUACGCGACGCGCAUACAUAGGACGUUGCCACACACAACAGCUACAGCGUGUAGCCCGAAUUCAACGCAAGGAUGAGUAGCGCGGAUUUCCUGGGCCGUGCCAUUGAGCAGGUCAAGAAGGCAAUCGAGACGGAUACUGCUGGCGACUAUGAGAAGGCCUAUCAGCUGUACUAUCAAGCUCUCGAACUGUUCAUGCUCGCUCUCAAAUGGGAGAAGAACCAGAAAUCAAAGGACAUGAUCCGAGGCAAGGUCGCCGAGUACAUGGAGCGCGCCGAGAAGCUCAAGCAGCACCUGAACCAGAACGACGAGACAAAUCGCAAGAAACCGUCGGCCAUGGGCGCGAAUGGAAAGUCUGCGGGCGGGAGUGGGAAAGGCGCAAAGGGCGAAGACGGCGAAGAGGAGCAAGAUGCCGACUCGAAGAAGCUCCGCGGUGCGCUCGCUGGCGCCAUCCUUACCGAGAAGCCCAAUAUUCGAUGGGAAGAUGUCGCCGGUCUGGAGCAGGCAAAGGAAGCGCUGAAGGAAGCCGUCAUAUUACCCAUCAAGUUCCCGCAUCUAUUCACCGGUAAGCGACAGCCAUGGAAAGGUAUCCUGCUCUACGGGCCGCCUGGUACGGGUAAGAGUUAUCUAGCGAAAGCGGUUGCGACAGAAGCAAACAGCACGUUCUUCAGUGUAUCGAGUUCCGACUUGGUCAGCAAGUGGAUGGGUGAAUCAGAACGAUUGGUAAAACAGCUCUUCGGCAUGGCGCGCGAGAACAAGCCCUCCAUCAUCUUCAUCGACGAAAUCGACGCUCUUUGCGGUCCACGAGGCGAAGGCGAAUCCGAAGCAUCACGACGUAUCAAGACCGAACUGCUCGUGCAGAUGGACGGUGUAGGCAAGGACUCGCGUGGCGUUCUCAUCCUCGGCGCAACGAAUAUCCCAUGGCAACUCGACUCUGCCAUCCGACGACGUUUCCAGCGAAGAGUGCACAUCAGCUUGCCCGACACGCCUGCGCGAAUGAGAAUGUUCGAGCUCGCCGUCGGCAACACACCCUGCGAGCUGACCCAAGCGGAUUACAAGCAACUGGGCGAAUUGAGUGAAGGAUACUCUGGCUCUGAUAUCUCCAUCGCCGUACAAGACGCGCUCAUGCAGCCCGUGCGCCUCAUCCAGACCGCAACACAUUACAAGCCCGUCACCGUAGACGGCGAAACAAAAUGGACACCCUGCUCCCCCGGCGACUCCCAAGCCGAAGAAAAAUCCUGGACCGACCUCACCGGCGACGAACUCCUCGAGCCACCGCUCCGCGUACGCGACUUCGUCAAGGCAAUCAAGGCCUCGAGACCGACGGUCAGCGGCAAGGAUCUCUCGCAAAACGCAGAGUGGACAAAGGAGUUUGGUAGUGAGGGCGCGUAGUUAGUCAGUCGCGCUGGAGCCAUGAUGCGUGGUGCUCUUUUGCAAAACUUUUUGCAUUCUUCAGGUCCCGUGCGGCAUAGCUAGCGGGAUUACCUCUUUUUUUUUGUUCCAUCGCCCGGUGAAUGGAUGGAUGGGUGGGUGGUGGAUUGGCGUUUUAGGCAAACAUGACAUGGAUGGAUGGAUGAAUGGACGGAUGGGUGGAUGGACUUGCUCAGGAUUUGAACAUACGAGAAACCAUGAGAUAUACCGACGAUGAACUUGUAAAUGUGCAAAGUUCUGUUCGAGACUUUUGCAGUUCUCUCCUCGUUUGCCAAACACCUCACCCACUUUCAACGACUUGAUACAUGUUGAAGACGUUUUCAAUUUGCUUGUGCAGAGAGGCCCAAAAGAAUAAGUAGAUAAGCUGCCGCCCCUUUUCGCUAUUCU